UCCAAGCGAGUUAUUUUGUUAUUAUUGGAAGGAAAUAAUGCAUUUCUGUGAUGGAUAGGGCUGAACUAAACCGCUGCCGCUUCUGUGCGGAGCCAAAGGAGCAAGAAAAACUCUUGGAUCUUAAAAUGGACCUAGCAGUGUGCCAAGCCACGGUCUCUAAACUGACAUUCCUCAACGCAAUCUAUGUUGAUAUAUCCGACAAUUCACUGCCCAAAACGAUAUGUUUUAUAUGCUAUACCUCUCUAAACCACGCAUACGAGUUCUUAAACAAGGUUAAAGAAGCGCAGGACGUGAUUUCGAACCUGUAUUCAGUGAAAAAUGCCGCUAGUUUUGAUCUUGCAAGGGACGAUAAAGUAUCCUUCGAUGAUUUGAUUAACGAUCAAGCUGAGGCGCAGAUUAAGCAAGAAACGUCUGGGAUUAAACGUCCGCGUAAAACAUCAGCGAUAGACUCGAAGGUUUCAGUUAAAAUUGAGCUGAAGGAAGAAUUUGAUUGCUAUGGGCCUCCGGACGAUGCGAGCAGUAUGGGGCGAAGCCCGAGCCCUUCGAACUUCGAUGACAACCUUAACGUCCAAGAUAUCAUCGAUGCAGCCAUGUCCGGAGGCCCCUUAAACUCUAACAUAGCUAUCUACGCUAAAGAUAUAUCGGAAGUUAGCAAGAAAGUAAUAAAUACUUGGCAGGAGUACCCGUGGUUGUGUGCGCACUGCAAUAUCGAGUUCCAGGAUAUAGCGACGUUACGGAAGCACUCUAAGCUGGUUCAUCGCAAGUGUUCUGCAUUUACGUGUGUGGAUUGCAAGUCGUACGGGCACAAGAGUUUUAAUGCCUUUGUUAAUCAUGUAGUGAAACACCGGAAGAGCCUUUUAAACCAAUGCUACUACUGCGACGCGUCCCCCUCCGAGCUGUCCCCCCACCUCGCCUCCCACUUCAAGUCCCACCGCCCCUGCCCCGCCUGCGGCGACAUACUCAAAACCGAGGAGGCCCUUCAACAACACCUACUCGACUACAACUCAUCCAAACCGAAGCGAAAACCGAGAAGGAAACGAGGGGUACCCAUCACGAUCGCUGAUCUCACCUGUAACAUAUGCGAGAAAGUCUACAAAAACCCUAACAGUCUUCGAGAUCAUGUGAAACUUCACCGGACUGACCGGAAAAGGGACUAUACUUGUGACCGCUGCGGAAAGACUUUCUACAGCAAGGGUACGCUUACUUCACACAUAAUGUCACAUGAUCAGAUCCGUCCACACAUAUGUAGAAUCUGCAAUAAGUCUUUCCUAUUCCCUAACAUGUUGAGAAGACAUGUACAAAUGCAUUCCGGAGUGAAACCUUAUAGCUGCGAACAGUGUGGCCGGUGCUUCAGACUCCAGUAUCAGUUGAACGCUCAUAAAAUCAUACAUACUGAUGCCAUGCCGCAUGUAUGUCAGUAUUGUAAUAAAGCGUUUAGGUUUAAACAGAUUUUGAAGAAUCACGAGCGGCAACACACAGGCGCGAAACCAUAUUCCUGCAAUCAAUGCGGGAUGGAGUUUACAAACUGGUCGAAUUAUAACAAGCAUAUGAAACGGAGGCACGGAACGGAUACUUCAAAAAAAAAGAUUACUCCAGAGGGAGUGUUCCCUAUUAAUCCUGAGACUGGGCAGAUAUUGCAAGUUCAGGAUGCUGGUAUGGAUGAGUGGAAAAGUAAGAUUAUGAUACCAGCGAAAAGGGGGAAGAAAAAAAUAAAAAGGGAAGAUGAAGAAAUGCUGCCUGAGCACUUUGAGAGUGCGCAUGCGUGUGAGAGCGAGAUGGAAGAUAAGUUCCCAGGAGUACAAUUUGUUCAAAAUAAUGUGAACCUUGGACCGUAAGAGUGAGAACCUUGCUAUUUGGUGCGUUUUCGUGCAGUGACUAUUGAUAGUGA